UCUUGUGGCAGGGUGAUGCGUCAGUUGCUGAAAGGUGGGGACAUUUCCGGAUGCCUUUGCAACACGGAGAAGUUGUCUUAAGAGAGGCUGGACCCCAUUCUGAGCACCAGGCCAGGAAAGCGAAGGCCUGAGGGCAGCCCCGCUGUGGGAGACGUCUGCUGGUCCUCUCCCUGUCUCCUGGCAGCGCUCACAGCCUCCUGGUUGGCACCUGACCAUGUCCCUGGCUGAGGCCAUCAGCCUCUGGAAUGAAGGGGUGCUAGCAGCUGACAAGAAGGACUGGAAGGGAGCCCUAGACGCCUUCACCGCAGUCCAGGACCCUCACUCCAGGAUUUGCUUCAACAUCGGCUGCAUACACACAAUCCUGGAAAACAUGCUGGAGGCAGAGAAGGCCUUCACUAAAAGCAUUAACCGAGACAAGCACUUGGCGGUGGCCUACUUCCAACGAGGGAUGCUCUACUACCAAAUAGAGAAAUACGAUUCAGCUAUUAAAGACCUUAAAGAGGCCUUGACUCAGCUUCGAGGGAACCAGCUGAUAGACUACAAGAUCCUAGGGCUACAGUUCAAGCUGUUUGCUUGUGAGGUGUUAUAUAAUAUUGCUUUCAUGUAUGCCAAGAAGGAGGAAUGGAAAAAAGCUGAGGAACAUUUAGCAUUGGCUACGAACAUGAAGUCUGAGCCCAGACAUUCCAAAAUUGACAGAGCCAUGGAAUGUGUUUGGAAACAGAAGCUGUAUGAGCCAGUGGUGAUCCCUGUGGGCAGGUUGUUUCGGCCAAAUGAGAGGCAAGUGGCUCAACUGGCCAAGAAGGAUUACCUAGGCAAGGCGACGGUCGUGGCAUCUGUGGUGGAUCAAGACAGUUUCUCGGGGUUUGCCCCUCUGCAGCCACAGGCAGCUGAGCCUCCACCCAGACCCAAAACCCCAGAGAUCUUCAGGGCUCUGGAAGGGGAAGCUCACCGUGUGCUGUUUGGGUUUGUGCCUAAGACACCAGAGGAGCUCCAGGUCAUGCCCGGGAACAUCGUCUUUGUCUUGAAGAAGGGCAAUGAUAACUGGGCUACGGUCAUGUUCAACGGGCAGAAGGGGCUUGUUCCCUGCAACUACCUUGAACCAGUUGAGCUAUUGAUCCAUCCUCAGCAGCAGUCCGAGGAGGAAACCUCCCCAGAGUCUGAUAUUCCAGCUCCUCCCAGUUCUGAUGCUCCUGGAAGACCCCACUUGACACCAGGUCAGAAAGAAAAAGAAGAGCCCAAGGAAGUCAAGUUCAGUGUUCCCAUGCCCUACACACUCAAGGUGCACUAUAAGUACACGGUGGUCAUGGUGACUCAGCCCGGGCUCCCCUACAGCCAGGUCCGGGACAUGGUGGCUAAGAAACUGGACCUCCUGCCAGAACACACUAAGCUGAGCUAUCGGCCUCGGGACAGCAAUGAGCUGGCGCCCCUCUCAGAAGAUAACAUGAAGGCUGCCUGGGGCCAAGUGAAAAACUACUGCCUGACCCUGUGGUGUGAGAACACAGUGGGUGACCAAGGCUUCCCAGAUGAACCCAAGGAAAGUGAAAAAUCUGAUGCUAAUAACCAGAUAAAAGAACCUCAGAUUAAGGAAGGGAGCCAAGUGGUAGCACUCUUUAGUUAUGAGGCUACCCAACCAGAAGACCUGGAGUUUCUGGAAGGGGACAUAAUCCUGGUUUUAUCAAUGGUGAAUGAAGAGUGGCUGGAAGGGGAGUGCAAAGGGAAGGCUGGUAUUUUCCCCAAAGCUUUUGUUGGAGAACAUGCAACUACAGACUUGGAAAGCACUCCUAGAGGAGUCUAAGAUGUUUCACAACCUACAAGCUGAAGAAAAGGGAGUACUAUCAUUUGCAAGGUUUAGCAUGCCUCUGCAGUACACUGUACCAAGAAGUUACUGUUUGGAAGCGCUAUCUAAUCUACUUUUCCCUGUUAAUAUUUAAUCUAAUAAACAACCAUGUGAGAAUUUAGGAUGAUGA